AUGAACUUGGCACGCUCCUUUGUUGUCUCUGCAUCACUGCCUGCGAGCACAAAGGAGGCGGUUACGAUACUGUUACACAAGAAGGGGGAUAAGGGCCAAUUAAGCAACUACCGGCCUAUCACGCUUCUUAAUUUCACUUACAAGGUCCUGGCAAAAGUGGUGGCUGACCGGAUGAAGAAGGUGCUGCACCAGGUGAUCUCGAAGGAGCAGUACGGCUUCAUACCAGGACGGAGGUUAUCCGAUGCAGUCAGCCUGGUGGCUGAUAUCAUUGACGCUGCAAACAAAGGGGACAAGGACUGGUUUCUGCUGCUGGUGGAUUUUCAAAAGGCGUUCGACACCGUCUUCCGGGGCUUCCUGUUUGAGACGCUGGAGAAAAUGGGCUUCCCUCUGAGAUUUGUGGGGUGGGAAGCGGCGAAGAGGCAGCUGGGCAUUGUCAGUGAUUCGGGGAGGAGGUUGCCUUACCUGGGUUAUGCGGACGAUACCACGCUACUGCUGCAACGGAGGGAGCAGAUUGCAGAGGCAGGAAAGAUGCUGGAUUAUUUCGCGCGUGUUUCUGGCCUGGUCACAAACAAUGAUAAGUCGGAGGUGAUGCCACUGGGCCGAAAUCUGGGGGGUCGUCCCUGGAGGCCGGAUGGUUUCAAAUGGGCCGGCGCGGAUGAAGCGGAAAGGCUGCUUGGGGUCUGGAUUACCGCUUCAGGCGACUGUAAGGCGACAUGGGACAAAACGCUGUUGAGACUGCUGGAGGAGAUGGGUAAAUGGGAGCUGAAGUAUCUCACGAUUUCAGCGAGGGCGGUUGUCAUCAACGGAUACAUUACCCCGAUCAUCGCCUUCCAGGCGCAGGUCUACCCGCCACCGCAGGAGGUCUGGGGGCGGAUAGCGAAGUUGAUUAAUAAUUUCCUCUCAGGAAACCACGCGUCGGAGGAGGGGUGUUUCAUCCUGUGGGGGAAGGAAACAAUCUUUGCAACAUGA